AUGCCUUUGUUUCAUUCAUUAGAAAGAUAUAAUAGCAUAAAGUUGAUAAUAUAUGCAGUGUUGCCACUUUUGAUUUUUAUAUUUUUUUUUAAUUAUAAAAUUGAAGAUUCUUUAAAUAAUUAUUCUCCAUUUAAUACUGAAAUUUUGUAUUCAAGUAAAUUUAAAAAAAAAGAAAAAGAAGAAUAUUUUUCAAUUAAAGAUAUUGACUUUAUUAAAUUACGUAAAAUAAUAUUUAAAAAGUAUAGAAAAUAUUCAGAAUUUUUUUUUUUUACCGAUAAAAAUGAAAGCAAUGAUAAUUCAAAGAAAUUAUCAAAUUUAGAAAAAUUUAAUUUAAAAAAUUUUAAUUAUGAAAAAAGUUUUGAAGAAAUAAUUAAUUUUAAUGAGAAGAAUACAUAUCAAAAUAAUGAUGGUUUCUCAACUUACAAAAAUUUUUAUUCGAAUGAUAUAAAAAAUGAAAAAAUUAAAAAAAAUGAUAAAAUAUCAUACAUAAAAAAUAAAGAUAAUAAUUUAAAGAAUAAAAAUUUUAAUGAAAAUAUGUUAAACAUAUCUAAUGAAAAAGUUAAAGAUAAUAAUAAUUUUGAUAUAUAUUAUAAAGAGAAUUAUAAAACUAAUUCUGUAUGGAAUAUUAUAAAAAAAAAAGCGUUAGAAUUAGACAAAUAUUAUAAUUUACCUACAGAAGAUAAUUUAAAUUUAAAAGAAAUACUUAAAAUUAUAUAUAAAAUAACAUUUUAUUUAAGUGAUAACAAUAAAAAGGGAAAUGGUAUGGUAUUAGGAGUAUUUAAUAAAAGCAAAAAAGAACACAAUAAUACAUAUAAAAAAAAAGAAGAAACAAAAUUAUACAAAAAAAGAAAGAAUUUAUUAUUAUUAGGAAAUGUAUUUCGCAAAAUAUAUUUAAAUAAAUAUCUUGUAAUUAAUAAUUUAGUUAAAUACAAAGUUUUAAAAAGAAUAAAAAAAAAGAGUGAGGCAUAUUGUAAGAACCGAGAAAAAAACUUAAAAAAUAAACAUUUUAUUCCUAUUUUUACAAAAUAUAGAAAUAUAAAAGAUUGUUCUUAUAAUGAUUAUAAAGGAGUUAAUUCAGAAAAAAGUAAUGAAGGAAAAAAAUUAAAGAAUUAUGAUAAAAAUACAUCGUCAAAAAUUAUAUCAAAUUCUGAAAAAUUUAAAUAUGAAUACGAAGAUGAAAACAUAACAGAGGAAAAUAUAAAUAAUGUUAAAAAAAUUAUAUCAAAAAUAGAACUCAAUAUGAUAGAAGGAUCUAAUACUAGUUUAAAUUUAUUAAAUAAUGAAUAUUUUCAAAUAGAUACUAUAUAUGAUAUUAGAAAUAACUCAAUGAUACUAUUAAUAUUAUACAAUAAACUAAAAAAUAAUGGUAAUUCAUCUUCUAAUUUAUAUAAAAGUGAAUUAUAUAUAUAUAGUAGAUCUUUAAAUGAAUUUGUUGAAAAUAUAAUUUCUAAUUCUAUUAUAAAAAAUAAAAUAAAACAAGAUUAUAGAAAAAAGUUUACUAACGAUGGGCAUAUUAUAUUCAAUAAUGAAAUAACUGAAUUAAAAAAAAAAAUUAGCUCACAUUAUCAUCAAUAUAUAUUAAAAUUAAAAAAUGAUUUAGAAGGAUUAAGAAAAUAUCACAAAUUUUACUUUAAUAAACAUAAAAGGAGAAAUGUAUUAAAAAAGAAUAAUUUUGAUAUAAUUAAUAAAAAUAAAUAUAAAAAAAAAAGCAAUGAAAAAGACAAUACUGAGAACAUAAAGAAUAUUUUUAAAGAAAAAAAUAAUUAUUAUGAAAGGAAAUUUAAAAAUUAUAUUAAAAGUAAUAUAGAUAUACACUUUUUUUUAAAAGAUAACAUUAGUGAUAAAAAAAGAAUAAUAAACUAUUUGUGUAAUCAUAAUAAAAAUAAUGAUUUCUAUAAUUUCUCAAGUUAUAUGUUUAAUAAUUGUGAAUCAAAUGAAUGCACUAAUUCUUUUUUUGAACAUAAUUCAUACAUACAAAAAAAAUUUUCAAAAAACGAAAUAUGCAAAAUGCUAAUACAUACAUAUUAUGACAUUGUAUACAAUGAUAAAAAUAUUAAAUUAUAUGAAUUUUUAUAUAAAAAAAAAAAGCUUUUUUAUAAAAUUUAUUAUGUUUUUGAUAAUGAAGAAACAAAUAUUAAAAAUAAGAAACUAAAAAGUUUAAUAUUUUUACCAUAUUAUAUUUUAAAAUACUUACUUAACAUAAUUAAUUUAUCAUUUGAGAUAUAUUUUUUUAUAUUUAAUGAUUUGUUUCAAUACUAUUUUUUGUUUAUCAAAUAUAGUUUUUAUUAUUUUUUUAAUAAUAAUAAAAUCAUAUGUAUGUUCAAUGAUUUAGGAAAAUUUCAUCCAUGUAUUUCCUUUAAUGUUAUUAAAAAUUUUAGAUUAAUUUAUUUUUUUAAUAAAAUAAUAAAUCAAAACAAAAAUGUUAUUAAUAAAAAGAAGGAGAAUUUGUUUAGAAUGGAGAAUUAUAUAUAUAAGGAUAACAAUAUAAAUUUUAAUCUAAAGGAAUCUUCUAAUAAGAAUAUAUUUUUUGAUGAAAAAAAUUCUUAUUAUGAGUGUUUAUGUAAUAAUGAAAAUGAAUUAAAUUUAUUUUGGUACAAAAAAAUUUUUUGUAAAAUAAUUUUUAAUAUUCGCUAUAUAGUAAUUUACUUAAUAGUUUUUUAUAACACUUUAGUUAAUAUUCUGAAGAAAAUAAUAAAUAAUUUUGUGAUCUUAUUUAAUUAUUUAUUAUUUUGUGAAAAAAAUAAAUAUAUAUAUAAAAAUAAUCUUCUGUUUAAUUAUUUAGAAUCCCAAAUAAUAAAUUUAUAUGACGAAAAAGUUAUCCAUAUUAAGUAUAUUAAAAGUAAUAACAUUUAUUCAAUAUUCUUUUUAUAUUAUUUAUUGAUUUACAAGAAUAAUAAUUACUACUAUAAUAAUGAUUCAUAUAUUUAUACAGAUUAUUUUACCAUUUUAUUAAAAUAUUUAAAAAAAGAAAAUCAAAGUAAAGAAAUAAAGAAAAAUAAAGAAAUUUGUGAAUUAAAUGAUUCCUUCAUAAUUAGGAAAAACACUUGUGAAAAGUUAAACAUAUAUGAAAAAAAUAAGAAAUCAAAUAAAAAGAAUCAUGUUAAAUAUAUAAAUUAUUUUAUAAAUUCAAAUGGAUGGAAACACAUAACUACAAUUACUUUAAAUUCUAUUUCAUCAAAUUUUAUAGUUAACAAAAAAAGUUUUGAUUUUAUUAUUAAAUACAAAACCUAUGUAAAUGAAGAAAUUGUAAAUAGACUAAUAUAUUUUCCUUUAAUGAAUACAAAUAAAUUAGAGUUAUUUAAAGAUAAGAUAAUUUCUAUAAAUGAAAAUAAAUUUGCUGUAAGAUAUAAGAAAAAUUUCGAACCAUUCCUUAGAUAUAUUUUAAAUAUAUAUAAGAAAAUGAUAAAAGAUAGAGAAGAACUAAAAAAAAGAAUAAAUAACAAUAACAAAGAAAAAAAGGUAAAAAUUUAUUAUUAUAAUACUAAUAAAGUAUUAUGUUUCUACUAUAAUGAAAAAAAAUUCUUAAAAAAAGAAAAUUAUGUUAAUAAAAUUAAUAAUUAUAUCACUUUGAAAAAAAAAAAAAAAAAUAAUGAUCUCCUUUUUUCUAAUAGAAUAAAAUUAGUAGAUAAUAAAAACUCAUUGAUGAGUAUAUUUUUCUUUAAUAAAAUGAAAUGUCUUAAAAACAAAAAUAUGUUAAAAAGAAACAAUUCAUAUUAUAUUGAACUAAUAAAAAAGAAAAAAAGUAUAAAUUAUUUUGAUGAAUAUUUAUUUUACUUUUUUUAUUAUUUUUCUAAAAAAGACUAUCUUUCAAUGAAUAAGAAAAAGCAUAAUUUCAUAAAAGUAAAUAAGAAUAAUAUAUCAUCCAUAGAAAACAAAAUGGAAAUUAUUAAGUAUAUUUAUUUUUGCAUUUUUACUGAUUUAAGGAAUUAUGAAGAGAAAUUAAAUAUUCUAAAAACUAUAAAAUAUAUUACUACAACAAAAAACAUGAUUCGAUUUAUUGAAGAAAAUAAAAAUUUAUUAUCUAAUAGCAAUUAUAUAUUAACCCAUCCUUUUAUUAAUAUUUUCAUUGAAUUUAUUAUUACUAUAUUAAAAGAAUUAGAUGAUUUAUUAUCAUUUAAUUGCGAAAAGAAAAAAAAUUUAGAAAAUUAUAUUAUAUAUAUGAAAUUUAUAGAUUUAAAAAUAGAACAAUUAUACCUCUAUAGACAAAGUUUAUAUAAUUUAAAAAUAUUUGAAAUGAAGCAGAUUAAAUUUCAUAAAUUUAUUCUUAAUUACAAAAAGGUAAAAAAGAAAAAAGAAAGAAAGUGUUAUGAAGAUGAAAAGUGUAUUAAAAAAGAUAUCUUGGAUGGAGAUAAUGCAAAGCAUUAUGGAAAAGAAAGUCAUAAAUAUUACAGAAAAAAUAAAGAAAGAGAAGAUAUGCAAAAUAAAAUUAGUUUUUAUGAAAAAGAACUUGCAAUUAUGGUAGACAACUUCGAGUUUUAUUUUUUUCCUAAUAGAAAUUAUGAAAUUAAUAAUGAAUUAUUUAAAAAUAUAUAUAGCAUGUUUCUUGAUAUGAAUGCAGAAAGUAUAGUAUAUAAAUUUUAUUUAAAAAAUAAAAAGAGUUAUAGUAUAAAAAAUAUAGAAAAUUAUAAGUUUAUGAUAUUAAAUUAUGAAAAAAUACUAAAAGAAAAAAUGAAAAGUUUAUAUCGUUUUAAAGCUAGUUUAUACAAUAAAAUAGAUCUUUUUAAUAUAAAAAAGAAACAAAUGAAAAAAUAUAAGAAGUAUGAAAAUGAUUUAAAAAUUAUAAAAAAAGAAAUAUUUCUCAUAAAUUCUUUAAAUGAAUUAAAUGAUUAUGAAAAAGUUUUAUUCAAUAAUUAUCUUAAGGAAAAUUUAUUUUAUUUGUAUGAAUUUCCUCAUAUUAGUGAAAUAUCAUUAUUAAAAUUAACAAAUAAAAGAAUAUAUUUUGGAAAUAAAAAUGAUAAUAAAUAUAUGUGUUAUGGAUCGGUAGAAUUAUCAAAAUUAAUUUCAAAUUAUGAAAAAUAUAAAUACGUGAAUAAGAAAAUUCCUCAGUUGCCCAUAGAAAUAUCAAUUCCAAAUUAUAAUACUAAUAAGAAAAAACAAAACAAAAACUUAAAAUUUUUUUUAAUAAAAGAAGUAAAUAAUAAUAAUGAGGAAGAGCAAAUUAUUACUAUAUCUAUGUAUAAAUAUAAUAAUGUUUUACAAUAUUAUUUCAACAUUUAUAAUAUAUAUAAUAUAAUUAAUUUGACUAAUUUUAAAACGGAUUUCUUAAUAUCGCAAUUUCAAAAAAACACAGGAAACGAAACUAAUAAUAAAAAUAUUCAACACAAUAGUAGUGAAAAACGUAAAAAAGCAAAAUGGAAUAAUAAUGUAUAUAAAUAUCAAAAAAAUGAUGAAAAAAAAGAAAAUUAUUUAGUUUUUUACAAAAAUAAACUACCAGAAAAAAGGAUGAAUUAUUCAUUGAAACUUAAAUGUAUUCAAAAAAUUGCUUUACCAACCAAUGUAUUCAAAUAUUCUAUAAAUUUACAUGAUGUAGCAUCAAAAAUAAAUAAUACGAGAAAUAAAAAAAAAUUACUUGAUAUAAAUCAGGACGGUAAUAUUUUUUCAAUUUUAUCGUCUUUAACUAACUAUUAUUUCAGCUCCUUUUUUAACAAAACAAAUUGUGCAAAUAAAUUUUAUGAAUUUUACAAAAAAUAUUCAAAAAAUUAUAACUUUACAGAUUUAUCAGAUUUGCAAGAUUUUAUAAAUAAUACAAAUAAAAAAACAGAUAAAAAAUGGAUAAAUAGUGAUGGGAAUAUUAUUGCUUUUUUAAAAAAUUCCAAAUUAUACUUAUCAUUAAAAAAUUCUGAAACAAAUAAAAUGAGUAAACCAUAUUAUGUAUCAUUAGAUAAAUUACCUGAAUUAUAUAAGUCUUUGAGAAUAAUUCAUGUAUCCUUUUUUCCUAUUGAAAAUUAUUUUCCUUUUCUAAACGUGAUGAAUCAAAAAAAAUAUGAAAAUAAUUUUCAAAAAAAGUUAAUAUUUUUACUUUUAAUAUACGAAGAUGGCUUAUUAGCACUCAUAUCAGUUUAUGAUGAUAGCGAUAAUUUAUUUUCCUAUUUAACAAACAAAUUUAAGUCAUUUUUUACUAAUACGCAAUUUUUUUUCUCACAAGUUUUUAUAUAUUUUUCUUUAUAUAUUUUAGAGAUAUUAAGAUGUCACUUAGCAGAGAAUGAAGGAAAUCAAUUUACUCAAAUAUAUGUUGCGUUUCUUAUUUUAAUAGAUACAAUUUUAUAUCCUGUUUUUUUUUUUCUAUAUGCUAUUUUUAAUUUUCUAAGAAAGAUAUUUUAUAAUCGUAUUAAUCAUUCUAAUGUUAUUAAUAACAUAGAUAAUGAUAAUAUUAAUUCACCAAUUAAUAGAUAA